AUGGCAAGGGAAAAGCAAUGUCUACUUCUCAUGGCUCAAGGCGAAGGUACAGAUGUGGCAAACAGAAAAAUAACGCCAACUGUGGAGAAAGGCCAGUGUCAGCAACCGGACAUAAACCAAUUUGACCGACGCACCCAGAACAAACUUUUGGAGCAGAAGAGACGGGAUUCCUUGAAGAACUCCAUAGAUAAUCUGAAGAAUGCCCUUCCUGAUGGCCGUAACCUGACAGACCAGACUCAGCAGAGUGUACUAUUAAAAGCCCAGAACUACAUUAAGGACAUGCUUGGAAAACAACAAAGAAAUAAAACAUGUAUGGAAGACAUUGAGACCCUCAAGUCUAAAAACAGCACCAUGGAAGAUAGCAUUGCUAUGCUGAAGCAAGAGUACGACAUCCUUAGUAACAUGGAAUGCAACCUUGGACCGCCCUGAUUUCAACAAUUUUGCCAAAGAGAAACUUCAGACAACAGAAAUGGCUUGUAACUCCAGUUGCUAGCCUAACAGCAUAUCAAUUGUCUUCCAGUUCAAGAAAGAAGAAACUGCCAAAAGGAAACCAAGUAAAUUUUGAUGAUCUUUUUGUCUGCACCAUAUUUGGGUGUGAGUUUCUGUUAAAAAAGUUGUAUCAAAGGCCACAUUUUUUAUCAACACAAUCGUCAACAUUGGGUUUUAGUUUUUGACGAAUUGUUGUGACGAUCGAAUGUUUUUACAACAUGUUUGUGUUUUCUUUUGUUGUUUUAAAAUAUUGUUUAUUUUUUGGUUGUUCUUGGUUUGAACUUUUUUAACGUUAAUAAUUUUUGUCAACCAUAACUUAAUUUUCAACUUUUCAGCUUUUAAUUUCCUCCAAGAGUUCACAAAAAUUAUUUGUGCAAACACUUUAUUGACUCCUUUUAAUUUUUCCAAUUUUAUUUUUUAUCUUAGUUUCAAUUUGAUUAAGUGAGUUGUACUUGUUUGGCCAAAAAAGUCUUCUUAGUACAGAACUGUAUAAAAGUACAAACAUAAUGAUCACAAGAGGGCGCUCUUUACUUUUUCUGUCAGCUUGAAAGACCAAAAUAGUUUAUCUUGUUGUAUUGUUCCCUGUUUGCAUAUGAUUUUGAGCAGCCUUUUCUCAAAAAAGGAAAUGCACCAGUCUAUCUAUACCCUUCCAGUCUCACUUUGGUCACAUUCAUUUCAGUGGAAGAUGAACAAAAUGGCUGCUGAUAAAGAUGCAUAAAUCCUGCUAUCGUUUUAUUAGUGUAAAUAAAAUAGUUUCCACUAUCGGCCCUUUUUUGUUAAAUAAGCUUAUUUUGAGUGCUGCAUUUCAACUACAACAUUUUUUUGCUCCUUCUCAAUUUAAUUAUUAUUACUGUUGUUUUUUAGAGAGCAUACAUGUACGCAUUUAAAGAAAGAAAUUGUUUGAAACACAGAAAAUUUCUAUGCAAUAAGAGGAGCAAAGUUGUAAGAUAUUGAAAUAAUUAUAAUUCUCUUUAAUUCGGUAAUCAUGGUGUAGGAUUGAGACAGGCUGAUUUAUAAUCAGUUGCCUAAUAAUAACAUGUUGACUCUGAGAGUACGCAGGACAAUGUAAAAUCAGUGCCCAAUUUCAGGCUCUGCUUACCGUAAACACAUAAAUUGGCUGGUACGAUUGAAGAAAAAAAUCCACAUGAAUGUUAAGCAUAGGCUGACAUCACAAAUAAACAAGGGACUCUCAGUUGCCCAUGUUGCUUAGCAUGUUUAACAUAUUUAAGCGGCUACUGUAAAACUGUGGUAUUAAUUUUGAAUAUGGAGAACUGUGACUAAGUGUAGAUUUACUCGGUAAGCAAAGCCAUGAAAAUGGGCCAAGUUUAUUGCUUUACAAUGUUAGCUCUGUAAAGGGACGGUACAUCGUUGAUAGACAGAGUACAGAAUUGGUAAUUAUCACCCCCCACAAAAAAGGGGAAACAAAUAAAAAAUCAGUUUGAAUCUGAAAGUCCAUUGAAUACAAAGUAAAUUUCGGUCACAAUCCUCGAAAGAAAAGGAACGAAGCCAUCUGACUUUCAAAGAUGCAGAUUCACCAUUGCUCAUUUCAAUAUCAGCAAAAGCUAACAUGAGCGAGGGAGUACAAAAUCUGACAAUCUUUUGCGAUAUUUGUGUCGUUUCCACAGACACAUGACCACUAUUUAGAUGAGAUUCUCACAUUUAGUACUCUGGUGUUUUUUUUUGCAAACUAGGGGAAGGGAAUUCAGUUACUCUUACAAUGUACUGUCCCCUUUAACGAGAGUGUGAUUUUAAAGUUAUACUUAUCACUUUGGUGUUUGUUCAAGUACUAACCAUCUUGAGAAAUGUUUAUUUCUAAAUUGGAUUUUAUCUUGUUGAUGAUUAUAAAGUAGGUUGAGCUCUUUUUUGCUUGCUUAAUGAAACAUGGAAGGAAUCUUUGAAAACAAGUUUUGGGUUAAAGAAUUUGUUUUUUAAUUUACCUACAACCUUGAGUCUCCGAAUUCCAAAUAUUUUUUUUUUUUACAAUUGGUGCUCAUGUUUUUAUGAAAGACUUUUGCUAAAUAAAAUGAUCACUAAUUCUGCUGCGACUUUUUGCCGCUCUGUAAAUUUGACAGUGUACAAAAACAAAGACCAACAUAAAGAGGUUAUUUUUAAUCAGUUGCUAUAUUAAUAAGUUGUUCAGUUUGAUAACCUAGCCAAAAUUUUUUUGGGUUGCCCCGGCCUUUUUAAUUUAUAUGUUUGAAGGAAAACAUAUUGAUGUUUAAACAAAAUUACAAAAAAUUAAUUUAAUAUAAUUUAUCCAGGAAUGGGAAUGGGAAACUUUUCAGGGCACUUCUUCUUUUUGUAAAUCCUCCAUUCUCAAGAUUGUGCAAAUGCUUAUUAAUCAUGUAAAACAUGGAAAGUUACAUGCUACAUGUAUCUCUGCACCCACCUAGAGUGUCAAGUCCCGAAAUUGAGAGAAUAUCAUUAAUAAUUAAAUUAUGCAAACCCAAAUUUUGUUUUUGUUUUUGGUGGCAAAAACUCUUAUUGCAUAAUACAUCACAGAAUUAUUUAUUAAUGUGUUAUUUAUCUAGCAUUGAACUUUUGCCUAUUUAUUAAAUAUUAACUACUCUAUGGCAAGUCUAUUUAUUAAUUGUUUAAAUAGUAACAAUUUUCCUUCCUGAAUUUCAUUUAAAUAUAAAAUUUAUUUUGUACAUUUUGUUUCCAAAUCCAAGAGGUUUUGUUUUUUAAAUCUACAGAACCACAUAAACAUGCACAGCUCAUCAGCUCCGAAUUUAAUUACAGCUACUUCCUACAAGUUUGCUUAUUAGCUUUAAAAAACUGCUUAAAAAAACAACAUCAACAGCCAAAUAUUAUGCAAUGUACAUUACCCUGUGACUGGUCCCUUAAUCUUGCUAAGCAUGCUGUAGGCCUAGUUGCUUGGUGAUGUCAUGAGUGGGCCAGAGAAGUUAUACCAGUCUGAAGGAUACCAGUCUGAAGUUGAACUGAUUUGUUUAGAGCAACUUUUUAUUCCACCUGUAAUGACCUUAUACUGUUAGUCAUGUUUAAGUUUACCCAAGCUUUGAUCAAAAUGAUUUUAAGCUUCAAGAGUUAGAACUGAAUUUCAUGCAGGGUGUUUGCAGAGAAUUGGAAACCCCAAGGUAUGCCAAUAUUAUCCAAGCUCUAACAUUCAGAUGAUGUGUUACCAUUUAAGUGAAGUAUAUUGAAGUAUUUAACAGACCCCAGUCUCUACCCAAAGACAUGGGGUUAGAGGGUAGAUUAUGCCCUUAA